ACCCAAUCCCCAGUGAAAAGUGAUAGAUAUUUAGAUUCUCUAAGACUCAAGCCAGUGGAUGUUGAAUACAAUAAAAUUGGUGCUCACUAAAGCAAUUUUGCAAUUGUUCUGAAACUCAGAGAACAUUCAAAGAUGGAGUUGGGAGGAGGUAAUGCCACUGAUGACAUAGAUGCCAUGUUCAGUGAUCUCCUAGGAGAGAUGGACCUGCUGACACAGAGUUUAGGAGUGGAUACCAUUCCACCUGAAUCUACAAAACCCAAUCAUGAUUCGGAGUACAAACUCUCGAUUGGCUUUACGGAUGUAAAUGAGUCUCUCAAUGCAUUGGAAGACACCGACUUGGAUGCUUUAAUGGCAGACCUAAUGCAGGACAUCAAUCAGACAGAGCAAGUCUGCAAUGCAAAAGCAAUGACAGCUACCUCGCAAGCCUCCUCAGCUUCAAACUUUUGGAAUACCACCACAAUGCCAGAUUUUCCAGUGCUCCAAUCAACAGAACCCACAGCAACACCAGGGAGAUACACAGAGCACCCAAGCCUAGAUUUACCACCGCCUCCAGCUGACAUGUUUCCACCACCCAGUUCAACUUCCCUGUCCCUUCCACCACCACCACCUCUGGAACCUCCAGAACCACUAACAGAGGAAGAACAAGAGGCCCGGGCAAAAGCUGACAAGAUCAAACUUGCUUUGGAAAAGCUGAAGGAGGCAAAGGUUAAAAAGCUGGUUGUCAAGGUCCUCAUGAAUGAUAGCAGCAGUAAAACACUGAUGGUUGAUGAAAGGCAGACUGUGCGAGAAAUUCUGGACAAUUUAUUUGAGAAGUCUCACUGUGACUGCAAUGUGGAUUGGUGUCUGUAUGAAAAAAAUCCGGAGCUACAGAUUGAGAGAUUUCUGGAAGAUCACGAGAACUUGGUGGAGACCCUGUCACAUUGGACACGAGACAGCGAAAACACACUUCUAUUUGUUGAACGAAAAGAGAAGUACGCUGUCUUUAAAAAUCCUCAGAAUUUCUACAUUGCAAAGAAAAAAACAGAAGGGAAGGAUAUGAAAGAGAAAAACAAAGAGGCUUUACUGGAGGAAUGUUUCUGUGGAACAUCUGUCAUUGUACCAGAGCUUGAAGGAACCCUCUGUGUAAAAGAAGAUGGAAAAAAGUCGUGGAAACGUCGAUAUUUUCUCCUGCGAGCUUCUGGAAUUUAUUAUGUUCCUAAAGGAAAAACUAAGACAUCUCGUGAUCUGGUUUGUUUCAUUCAAUUUGAGAAUGUCAAUAUUUACUAUGGAAUGAGUUACAAAGCAAAAUACAAAGCGCCAACUGAUCAUUGCUUCAUACUGAAGCACCCCCAGAUUCAGAAGGAGUCACAAUACAUCAAGUACCUAUGUUGUGAUGAUCCCUGGGCUCUACAGCAGUGGGUAACUGGGAUACGAAUAGGAAAGUACAGUAGGACAUUGUAUGACAAUUACAAAGUGGCAGUGCAAAGGGCUGGUCUGGCAUCACGAUGGGCAAAUUUGUCAAAUGUGGAACCUAUCCAUACUACAAGCACCAUUCCAGCUGCUCCUCAACCAAAUGGACAUCUAAGACAACCCCAGCAAGCACCGAACCCAGUCAGCCCUGGGUUUUCUGAUGCCUGGAUGCGUGCAGAGGAGAAGAGGACAUAUAACACUGAUACCAACAUCCCACCACCUGCUCCACCCAUGUACGAUGAAGAAGAGGAUCUACCGCCUCCACCCCCAUCCUUUGAACCUCCCCCUCCACCUUUACAGCCUCCUCAGCUGCCAGCAGAGCCUUCCAAGCCAAAGCCAGGUGCUCCUCCACCACCCAUCCGACAUUCUCCAUCUGCUACUUCUGCUGUGCCACCUCCUACUUUAAUCAAACGGAAAAAUUCAGGUGCCAGUAACGAACCAAAACCAAGCACUCGCUUCGCUGAUUUACCUCCACCUCCUCCGGAUCCAGAGAAUUUUCCAGAACCACCUCCUGAUUUUCUGCCACCUCCUCCUCCAUGCUUCAACAGCAAUUCCGGAGGAACGCCACCGCCACCGCCACCUCCUCCUCCACCACCUUCUUCUACCCCAACCAUCAAUGCUGUGAAAAGGCCACUUGUGCCAAAGAGGAGUGAGAAUGCCGUGGUGACCCCCAAAAUUAGACCUGGAGGAGAUGGAUCCUCGGACAAGCCAGACCUUAUGUCAGAUCUCAUGAAAGUCCUACAGAAGAAAAGAGCUGCACUGAAUGAAUAAGCACAAGCGAUUUAACCAAAGAUUUGUGUCCAUACUUACUUUGCAGUUUAUGUGACACUAAACCAUUUACUAAAAACAGCUCAAGUAAAGUAGGCUCAUAUUGGCAAAUAGUCUGGUUAUCACAAGUAAAGAAGAAGCAUUUGAACACAGUGCCGGAGGCACCUGCAACAAUGAAAACAAGCAAUGUAUUAAAAUGUUGCAUUAUCAAAGAAAAUAUCUAUAUGGUUAUACAGCUGGUUUGUUAAUUUUUCCAUAAUUGUACAUAUGUGAUGUUCUGUUUUGUUUUACAACAAUAUCCAUGUUACUUUAAGAUGGUGAAUUUAAAUUCCUUCUGAUAGCAAUUAUGAUGUGGUGUUGGUCCAGAAAAACCAGGAAAUCUGUGCUGAUUUAGUUGAAUUCAGGUACACCAGUGCCAAAGCCAUUCUAUAUAAUCUCUAGAUUAGAAGGAUAUGAAACAGCCAGAGUUUCUACUUCUGAUUGCCUUCCUGCUGUAAGAUAGCUAGAUCAGAUAAGCUCAGGAUCAUGGCUCAGCUAUGAAGCCCCUUGUGGUCAAACAGCCCAAUGCCUCAUCUAGGCUCAUACAUAAACAAUAGCUAUUUGGACCAACUAUUAAAACGGCUUCUUCUACCUUUGGAACUGGUUUCUUCUUUAUUUCAGUCCAGCAGGAAAAAAAUAAGCAAUUUUUAUGAAAAUAAUCACCAGCCAUGGAUUUAAAACUGUUUGGUUUCCAUUUCUUUCCAGUUAGCAGAAAUAGCCCAUUAAAAAAUGCUGAGAUUGUAAAAACAAUAAAGGGGCUGGAGGAAGAGAGAUGUCAAUUGACUGUCAA